AACCCAACUUUGCCUUCAAUUUCACGAAUCGCUUCGUGGGUCAAUCUCAUAACUUUGUUGGCAGCAUCUAUUCUAAAGCGAAAUGAUGGGAAGUAAAAGAGAAGAAGAGAGGAACGAGAAGAUUAUUCGUGGGCUUAUGAAGCUUCCACCGAAUCGUCGUUGUAUCAACUGCAAUAGCCUUGGCCCUCAAUAUGUUUGCACAACUUUCUGGACUUUCGUAUGCAUGGCUUGUAGCGGGAUACACCGUGAAUUUACUCAUCGUGUGAAGUCUGUGUCAAUGUCAAAGUUUACUUCUAAAGAAGUUGAAGUACUUCAAAAUGGUGGUAAUCAGCGUGCCCGAGAAAUAUAUUUGAAAAACUGGGACCACCAACGACAGAGGCUUCCCGAAAACAGUAAUGCUGAGAGAGUUCGCGAAUUUAUCAAAAGUGUGUAUGUGCAAAAGAAAUAUGCAGGUGCAAAUGAUGCGGACAAGCCUCCGAAAGAUAGUCAGGACCGUGGAAGUUCUGAAGAUAUGACUCGACGGGCCAACUCCUAUCAUUCUUACUCCCAAAGCCCUCCUUACGAUUAUCAGUAUGAAGAGCGCCGUUAUGGGAAAAUACCCUUGGGAUUUACCGGCAAGUCUGCUUCAGUGAAAGGUCUUCAUGCAAAAGCCUCUAGUUUUGUAUACAGCCCUGGACGUUUUAGUGAUCAUAUGUUUGAAGACCAAUUCGCAAAUGAGGGCUCAGCUCCAAGGGCUUCAGAUUUUUCUGUGUCAAGUGGAGGAGAUCCGUUCAGGUCUGAUAUACAGUCACCAAAUUUUCAGCAGGAAGCUGAAUUUCGUAGUCCCCAGUUUCAGCAUUCAAAUGCCCCUCCAAGUGAGAACUUAUUUCCAGGCAGGCAACCUCAGAGAACUACAUCUUCUGGGAGUGUCAGAUCAGUUGACAGUAAUUCCAUGUCUAUCAAGUCAUAUACCUCGAGUGGUUUAGGGGAAGCCGUCUCUGAAAGUCGUCAAAAUACAGGAAGCCAGCAUGAUAAAGCAUCUAAUCAUGUUCCUUUAGUAGCAGAGUCGACAAAGCCUCCUAUAGAUUUGUUUCAGUUGCCAGGAGCGCCAGUUGCCCAAUCUGUCAAUACAUUUCAACCUUCAAUAGCAUCCCAACCUCCAACAGUGAAUCUUCAUCAAGCUCCACAGACAUACUCAUCCACCCCGACAAAUUUGUUUGCUGGAAAUUUGGGUCAGCAACCCACUUCAAGACCACCAGACUUGUCUGCGCCUAAGAACGAAGGUUGGGCUUCUUUUGACAAUCCCAUGCCUGCUGUAAAAUCUACAAACGUUAUUACCUCCACUGGAGUUCCCCAGUUGGAAGUGAAAAAUGAAGGAAUUCCACAGCCUAGCACAAGCAUGCAAUGGCCACCAUAUCCAUCAACUAUGGACCAGCAUGCUUUGUCGAUAUCAAGUCCAUGGCAGGAAGAUCUCUCGGAUGUUCUAAAAAAUGUUGUCGAUAAUCCGCAGCUGUGGAGUGCCUUUCCCGACUCUAUUGAGGCAAAUCCUUUGGACAGCGGUAGGAAUACUUAUCAACAGGUAGAUGGAGCAAGUACUUCGUCAUAUAACAUUGAUCAACAGCAUUUGGAAUCACAAGUUAUAGAGGAAUUAAGCAAUGAUGGCACCCAAACAACCAGAAUCCCUGCUGGCUCUUCUGCUUUUAGUUUUCCAGGAAACAUUGGCAUGGCACCAUCAUACUCGGAAGAAGCUUGGCAGCAUGUAAAUGAACAAAAGUCAGCUAAUCCAUUUGAUCUACCCUAUGAUUCCGAGUUCGACUCAAAUGACAUGUUCUUGGACAUGAGUUCGUUACAAGGGGCACUGCCCGAUAUCCAGACACCACAAGGCUUCCUUAAUGGUGUAUCACAACCGUGGCUCACUGCAGAUUCUGUACCCUCGUACUUACCUGCUCCAGCAGUCUCACAAGGUGGCUUAGCAUGCAUGGCAGGGCAAGCAUCAACGUCUCAACUACAGAAUUCAGCAGCACAAGGCCCUGUUGCAUCUACUGGAGGCAAUCCAUUUGCGUAGACACACCUCGAUCUGCUUCUUUACUUAUGCCUAGAUUCUUCAUCUUUUGGAUUCAUCCUCAUUCAGUGCCUUCCAUAUAUUUUUAAAAAAGAAGAAACCAGCCUUAUUGUUCAAUGUGUUUAUUUCUUUGUUCGGAACCAACUUCAGCUGUAUGUACCUUUGAUUUGAGUGUAUUUGCAAGUGGACAUGACUGGGGCAUGAUUAAUAAACUAGUCGACUCGAC